GAGAGAGAGAGUGCAGUCUUCAUCUCGUCUUACAAGAUCAGUGAGACUUCUUCGCCGGCUCUGUGCAUCUCCUCCCCUCCCUUCUCCGUUGCAGAACCGGUGCUUAACACUCACAGCCUAGGGUUUCUCGGCUGCUUGUCUGAUUGUUGAUCCGAGUCACGCCGCUAGCUGCUGCAAUCGGCCAAUCCGUACCAAGUUUCCGCUUUUUUUUUUGGGGUCUGCUCUCUCUCCCCUCAUGCGAUAAUUUCCGAUCCCUUUAAUCAGCUGGAGGGAGUGGAAGAGGGAGAUCACAUGAGAUUCCACAGGCUUCGGGCUUUCCUCUUCUGUUACCUUCUGGUCACCGGCUUGAAUUGCGCCAAUGGCGAGGGGAAUUCGAAGAAGAACAAGUUCCGGGAGCGGGAAGCCAGCGACGAUGCUCUUGGCUACCCCAAUCUAGAUGAGAGUGCGUUGUUGAAUACGCAGUGUCCUAAGAAUUUGGAGUUAAGGUGGCAGACGGAAGUUAGCUCUAGCAUAUACGCGACCCCGUUGAUCGCUGACAUCAACAGUGAUGGCAAGCUGGACGUUGUGGUUCCCUCUUUUGUUCAUUAUCUUGACGUAUUAGAAGGCUCUGAUGGAGACAAGAUGCCGGGUUGGCCUGCAUUCCAUCAGUCAACUGUGCAUGCGAGCCCCCUACUAUACGACAUUGACAAGGAUGGUGUGAGAGAGAUAGCAUUGGCUACCUACAAUGGUGAAGUUCUUUUCUUCAGAGUUUCAGGCUACAUAAUGACAGAUAAAUUAGAAAUACCCCGCAGAAAAGUUCGUAAAGAUUGGCAUGUUGGUUUGCAUCCAGAUCCCGUGGACCGUUCUCAUCCAGAUGUCCAUGAUCAACAACUAAUCCAGGAUGCUAUUGAGUCGCAGAUAUUUUCUCCAUCUAAUGGAAGCGCUGCUGGAUCCAAGAGCACAGCUCCUCCAACAGUAGAUAGUAGUCAGGGAACAGUUAAUGCCUCCCUGCGAGAAACUCCAGAGAAUAUCAACAAAACUCCAGUGGAGACAAAUAUUAAGCUGCCUACGGACACGGAUAAUUCUACUGCAACAAACUCAACAGGGACUUCUGAUCUAAAUAAUGGAACAACUAGUGGGAGACGUCUUCUAGAAGAUAAUAAUUCACAAGCAUCCCAGGAGGGUAGUGCUGAAUCCAAUGUUAAAGAUAGCAAAGAUGUUCCAGGUGCGACUGUCGAGAAUAAUGAUGGUCUUGAAGCUGAAGCAGAUCAAUCUUUUGAGCUGUUUCGAGAUAAUGAUGAGCUGCCUGAUGAGUAUAGUUAUGACUAUGAUGAUUAUGUCGAUGAAUCCAUGUGGGGGGAUGAGGAAUGGACCGAGGCUCAGCAUGAGAAAUUGGAGGACUAUGUGAAUAUAGAUGCCCAUGUUUUAUGCACUCCUGUUAUCGCAGACAUUGAUAAUGAUGGGGUAUCAGAAAUGGUUGUUGCUGUAUCGUACUUUUUUGAUCAUGAGUACUAUGACAACCCAGAGCAUCUAAAGGAGCUAGGUAACAUUGACAUUGGCAAGUACAUUGCUGCUGGGAUUGUUGUUUUCAACCUUGACACAAAGCAAGUGAAAUGGACAGCAGAGCUAGAUCUCAGUACAGAUUCUGGAAAUUUCCGCGCCUAUAUUUAUUCUUCUCCUACUGUUGUGGAUUUGGAUGGUGACGGAAACUUGGAUAUCCUUGUUGGAACUUCCUUCGGCCUCUUUUAUAUCUUGGAUCAUCAAGGUAAGAUCAGGAAGAAAUUCCCACUUGAGAUGGCUGAAAUUCAAGGAGCAGUAGUUGCUGCAGAUAUCAACGAUGAUGGCAAAAUUGAACUUGUUACUACUGAUACUCAUGGAAAUGUUGCCGCCUGGACCCCUCAGGGAGAAGAAAUAUGGGAAAAACAUCUCAAGAGCCAUAUUCCUCAGGGACCCACUAUUGGUGAUGUUGAUGGAGAUGGCCACACUGAUAUUGUUAUCCCCACGAUAUCUGGGAAUAUAUAUGUUCUAAGUGGCAAGGAUGGUUCCUUUGUUCGUCCUUAUCCUUAUAGGACUCAUGGAAGAGUCAUGAAUCAAGUCCUUCUAGUUGAUCUGAAUAAGCGCAACGAGAAGAAGAAAGGACUCACUCUUGUUACGACAUCAUUUGAUGGCUAUCUAUAUCUCAUAGAUGGACCUACUUCAUGUGCCGAUGUCGUCGAUAUUGGAGAAAUCUCAUAUAGCAUGGUCUUAGCAGACAAUGUGGAUGGUGGAGAUGAUCUCGAUCUUAUUGUUACCACCAUGAAUGGGAACGUCUUUUGCUUUUCUACUCCCUCUCCACAUCAUCCACUCAAGACAUGGAGAUCACCUAAUCAAGGAAGGAAUAAUGCUGCAAUUCGAUAUGGUCGUGAAGGAGUUUUCGUUUCACCUUCAUCGAGAGCUUUCCGUGAUGAAGAAGGCAAGAGCUUCUGGGUGGACAUUGAAAUCGUCGAUGAACACAGAUAUCCUUCUGGGCUUCAAGCACCUUAUAAUGUCACUGCAACCUUAUUAGUUCCUGGAAAUUACCAAGGAGAGCGGAGAAUAAAGCAGACUCAGAUCUUCGAUCGACCUGGGAAGCACCGAAUAAAGCUCCCAACAGUUGGGGUGAGGACUACUGGAACUGUUUUGGUAGAGAUGGUCGACAAGAAUGGGCUCUAUUUCUAUGACGAUUUCUCCCUUACCUUCCACAUGUACUACUAUAAGCUUCUCAAGUGGCUUCUCGUCCUUCCGAUGCUCGGAAUGUUCGGCAUACUUGUCAUCCUCCGCCCACAGGAGGCCGUGCCAUUGCCUUCGUUUUCUCGGAACACUGACUUGUGAUGAUGAUACAGUUACGGCUUUAUACGGAAAACUAACGGAUGCCAGAAAGUUCAUGCACUUUGGGUCUGAGCUUGGAGAGAAAGGGGCAGACGCUCUUCGGGAUGAAACUCAAACUGCUAGAGUCGGGUUGAAUAUACCCGAGUCAUUUGGGAAUGAAAUCGUCAGUUGUAACAUAUUGCCAUUCGAGUUUUGGGAUUAUUUUCAUAGUUUGGAAUAAUUUAUAGUUGCGGAGCAUACUGUCCCUUGGUCGGACUUUUAGGCAGAUUCAGUUAAGCGGAUUCAGUUGAUUGUCAUUGUUACCGUUUUGCUUUUACUAGCUUUGAAUAGAGAAGACAGACAGUAAAGGCUCUGCAAGAAGAUAUUCGGUUCAUAUCCCUUGAUGAUAUGCCAACUUCCAGGAAAAUGAAAUUCGGCAAAAGAGCCGGAGUCAGAGUCUUUAUCCAA